CUUUUCUCUCAAUUAUCGUUAUCAAUUGUUAAUAUAAAAUUAAGGGAACUUCAACGUGAGAAAGUGUGGUCACGUAUAUAUUUGGUUCCUUUGUUACAAGCAGAAUUAGAUCGUGAUUCUUACAGAAGAUCACUUGCAACUCUAGCAAAAGAAGAAGAAAUAAUGAAAGAUGUUCCAGGUUGGAAAGUAGGAGAAAGUGUUUAUAAUAACAAGAAAAGAUUUAUUCCACCUUCAAUUGUGGUUAUACCAGAACAUUAA